GUUGCUGAAAGGCCAUUUCCGUAACCCUUUUUUCCCCCUUUCUCAAAAAUAUCUGAAAACAUAGACUGCACAUGAUGCUGCCCAGCGAGCAAACUCUGCAUUGGAUGUUUGGUGCACGGAUAUAAAGUUUAGCCAUAAAGGAGAGAGGGAUUGGUAGUGCUGCGGGACCGCUACUGUUUAAGUAGCCGUUUUCUCCGUGCACAAGGAAGCAUUCACAGGAAUGGCAGUGGACUGGAUUGGCUAUAGCUAUGCAGUUUUGGUGGCCUCUGGUGGAAUAAUUGGCUAUGCGAAAGCAGGCAGUGUUCCAUCUUUAGCUGCAGGACUUCUCUUUGGUGGGUUAGCUGGACUAGGUGCUUACCAACUCUCUCAAGACCCAAAGAAAAUUUGGAUAUCCCUGAUUACUUCUGGAACUUUAGCUGGCAUUAUGGGCAUGCGGUUCUACAACUCAGGAAAAUUCAUGCCUGCAGGAUUGAUUGCUGGUGUCAGCUUGCUGAUGGUUGGGAGGCUGGGACUGAAGAUGUAUGAAAAACCACACGAGGGAUGAGUGAACGAGCCGUGAGACUUGAGAUGCAGAUAAAAAGACUGUGCACCAGACUGAAUGUACUAUGCCAGAGACUGAGAGAGAGCACCAACCAAACUUUAAUGGCCUAAUUUAAAAACAAAUAGUGGGAGGAACUGAGAGUCUCUUAUGCAAGAAUAUUUUUUCAAUAUUGUAGGAGCGUCAGCUAUUUGUAGUAUAGACUUUGGUAUAGAAAUUAAUUUUGGUACCUCUGAGAGCAUCCGCCCCCCCCUUCCUCUUCCCCCAACGAAAAUAUAAUAUCUUGGAUCCCCAGGCGCAUUUCCAUGCAUGGAAGUUCCUUCCACUGAUUCCCUCCAGGGAAUGCUACUGCUGGGGAACAGAGGGCCCCUUGAACAGUAUUUCAGGGAGCAUUUUGAGCUACAGUGGAAAGGGGCAAGAACGUCAUGCUGUAGAGAUGAGACAGAAAUCCUUCUGUCCAUGAAAAUGCACCAGUAGAUGCUCCCAUUAUGCAUAAUUGGAAAGAUUGAGGCAAGUCAUUUGCUUAAUUAGAAACAAAAUAAAUUUGAGUCUGUGUAAAUGGAAUAAUUGCUGGUUUUAUCUGCUCUGUCAUCAGGGAAGUGGCAGAGCACAGGAUCCCUCUGUGGGUUUCCUGACCACUCCUGCUCCUGGUUCCAGUGCUUUAAGUAGGGCUGCCAACAACCUGGAGGGGAAAAAUAUGUCCUGUUUCCUUAAUAGAGUCUUUAUGGGAUGUUAUUUACCAGGUGAUGUUUUUCACCUCCAUGCCAUAAGAAGCUUCACUUGACCAUUUCCACACAUUUAGCCUCCAUUAAAAGGAUAGAUCUUUUUUUCCUCUAGGCUCUUGGCAACCCUAGAAUUAUAUGAGAAGGACUCUUUAACCCCUAUGAUGAUGUGAACUCAGAGCCAAGCUACAAGUGACGCCUGGCACAGGUUGUACACUGGUCAGCUUCCCUCAAGUUUUGAUGGGAAAUGUAGGCGUCCUGGUCUUGCAGCUGUAAUGGAGAGCCGAGCUGUAAAACCAGGAUGCCUACAUUUCCCAUCAAAACUUGAGGGAAGCUGACAACUGUCCAACCUGUGUAAGGCGUCAUUUGUAGCUUGGCUCUUACUGUGGCAACUUAGCACAGCCAAGACACCAGGAGUGGAUUUAUAAAGGCAGAUGAGACAAAGCUGGUGAGAAGAGGAGGGAUCGAGAUCUGUCUGGCUAGGUUCUGGAUGACCUCUCAGCUACAGCACAAGGCAGAUGCCCAGAAUAGUUACGAAGGAGGCUGUCCACAUUUGAAUUUGAUACAAGCCUUCAUCUGUGAACCCUUUUCUGUAGAACAUGAGAAUGUUUUUCUUACAAGAAUGCUUUUUGCUUAAUAUAUGGAGAUAUAAUUCUGGCUGUCAAUAUUAUGUGGAAGUCCAAAACAUUUUGAUUAGUUUAGUACACGCCUGUAUUCUUCUUUGCAAAGCAGCUUUUUUCCUAAUGUAUUGUAUGAUAUUAUAAUACAGUCCUUGAUCAUGUAUCCAUGUCUUUUUUAAAAAAAUAAAAGAAUGAAGAAAAUAUUCAAUUAAUAUAUUCUUUUUCUUGCAGUAUUAAAA